GCCUAUAUAAUGGAUCUUUCAGUCCCGCUACAGUACAUUCCUCUGAAACACAAUGAAGACUUCUAUCACUGCGUUUAUUCUACUGACUCUUGGAGUCACUGUCAGCUCGGCUCCUGCCCCAGAGAUCACACUUCAAGAUGAAUAUUUUGCAGAGAACUACUUGAAAAAGUUCUUCAACUUGACAGAGGAGCCGGGUAUAGUUCGCCGUGGCUUCAAUCCCAUCACUAAAAAACUGAGUGAGAUGCAGCGUUUCUUUGGACUCCACAUUACCGGGACCCUGGACAACGAGACCAUGGCCCUGAUGAAGAAGCCUCGCUGUGGGGUGCCAGACGGGAACAUCGCCCGAUAUUCCACGUUUGGAAGAGAUCUGAAAUGGAAGAAGAACAGCCUCACCUACAGGAUUGAGAACUACACUCCUGACAUGUCGAGGUCGGAGGUGGACAGUUCCAUUGAAAAAGCUCUUCAAGUCUGGGCCAAAGUCACUCCCCUGAGGUUCACCCGGCUCUACAGCGGAACUGCAGACAUCAUGAUCUCCUUUGGACGCUACUCCCAUGGAGACUACUACCCCUUUGAUGGCCCUCAUGGCACACUGGCUCACGCUUUUGCCCCUUCUACUGGAAUCGGAGGAGAUGCACAUUUUGAUGAUGACGAACGCUUUACUUAUCGCUCAAAUUCUGGCUAUGUUUUGUUUAUGGUGGCCGCUCAUGAGUUUGGUCACUCUCUGGGCCUGUCCCAUUCUGAUGACCCAGGCGCUCUCAUGUACCCCACCUACUCCUACAGAAACCCAGACACCUAUGUACUGCCCCGUGAUGACGUCAAGGGCAUCCAGGCUCUCUAUGGUCCAAACACUGAGACUUAUCCUGGAACAGAUGAGAGAGUCCCCCCUCCUCCCAGCACCCCCGAUGCAUGUGACUCCACCAUGGUUUUGGAUGCAGUCACAACGCUGAGAGGAGAAAUGUUGUUCUUCAAAGACACCUUCGUCUGGCGUAGCAGCCCUCAGAGGAACACACAGCAGCAAAGCCUCAUCAGCAGCAUGUGGCCCAGUGCUCCCUCCAGUCUGGACGCUGCCUAUGAAAGCAGACUGUCCGAUCGGGUCUACUUCUUCAAUGGUCGUCGUGUGUGGGCCUUCACUGGCUACACCCCGGUCCAGGGCUACCCCAAGAGACUGAGCAGUCUGGGUCUGCCCAAAUGGGUGAGGCGUAUAGAUGCUGCGCUCUUUGAUGUGGAGACCAGAAAGACUCUGUUCUUUGUUGGCGAUUACUAUUUGAGCUAUGAUGAAAGUAAACAAAAAGUUGAUGGUGGAUAUCCCAAAAGAGUGGAAGAGUCAUUCCCAGGCAUGUCUGACAAAGUGACAGCAGCGUUCCAGUACAAAGGUUUCACAUAUAUCUACAGUGGGCCCUACAUGCUUGAAUACAACUUGAGAACUGGCAGACUGUUCCGUGUGCUGCGAAACAGCUACUUCCUUCGCUGUGUCCAAUCUUAAACAGGAAACUGGACUAAAGGUGCACUAUGUUACUUUCCUGGUGACAUUAAACUGAUAUAUCUAGCGCUGCUGAAAGAAACAUUCAAUCUUGGUAUGUAAGUAAAAGUACAAAUACUGGAGGAAAAAAAAUACUCAAAUAAAAGUAAAAAUAUGUUAAAAAAUACGUUUACUUUUCAGUCUUGUUCAGAAAUGUAGUGGAAUAGAAAGUACAGAUACCUGCUCUCAAAUGUAGUAAAGUAAAAGUAUCCACUUAAAAAUAUACAUAUACCUAAUGUUUUUACGUAAGUACAGUAUUUGACUACUUUUACUUUAUGUUCCGCUGCUGAUUUCUAGCAUCUAGCUUGGUUUACUGGCGCCAUCUGCUGUUCUUCAUGGGAAAAGAUCUUUAUUGUGAAACUAUUCAGAGGAGAAAAGCAAGCGUAGAACCCUCCUGCACCUUUAUGAUAUGAAUGUUUUUAUACAUAUAUUUUUAUACAUAUUUUUUUAUAUGAUAUUUCCUGUGGCCCUGCGAGUCAGGAGUCUUUUAUAAAAAUUUGUUCUGUUUGAAAUGAAAUGAAAUGUUUGAAAGUAUCUUUGUGUGUCAGCAGUCAUCACUGUGGUUGCUACUGGUAUUGCUUUAUAAUAACUCCACCUUAAUUAGCCUCAACAAAGCAUGAAGGAAGACUUUAUUAAUAAUGAACUAUAGUUUAUUAAGAAAGAUUCCGACUUAGCAACUAAGGGGUCAGAGUUAGGAGUUUGGGUAUUAUUUUAAUUGAGUCUUGGGAGCUUUAAGUCAUGUUAGAAUGUUGUUCUCAUUAAAAUCAUACCCGGAGAUGUUUUGUUUCAUUAACACAUGUUUGAGUAAUAUUUUAUCAUAAGUCUUUCAAUAUAUCUCCAAAGCUCAACAGUUUCCACCCUGUGAUGUCACGUAAUGGUGGUUUUCAAAUUAACAUUUAAUUAAUUUAACAUUUAAUUAAUUUAAUUCAGUAGAGACAAUUCCAGAGCUGAAAUUAUGGCCAAAUGGCUCUAGUGAAGGUUAUGGAGUUUAAAAACAAGGUGGAGCACUUCCUGUAAUACCAUGUGACAUCACAAGGUAGAAUAGAGGAUUUUUGUGUUAAAUAUGUGUGAAUGAAACAAAACACAACUCCGGGUAUGUUUUUGAUGCCUAAACAACAUUAUAACAUAGAUCAGAAAAUAUAGUGCCUUUAAGUAAUUAGAAGUAGUUACUCUGAAUCCUUUAAACCAUUUUUGUUAUUAUGAAUAAAGUCUGUCUUCAUGCUUUAUUGCAACUAAUUAGAUGUAAUUACGAUACAGAUUUACUGUGUUAUUCUAAAAAGGAAUGUUGUUAUAGAGAUGUCAAAUAAACUUAAGUACUUUAUUAUUAA